AUGGACUGGCAUAACCUUAGAGCAAAACAUUCGUCUGUUUCAGGCAUCCUGUCAUAUAACAACUAUCAAGGAUUGUAUCCACAAACGUCGCCUCAGACACAGCGGUUUCCCUACAAUGCCUAUCCUCUGGACAAGCAGGAGAAUUACCCCAACCAGACAGACAACCGGAGCUCGUACUAUGCGUCACAGUAUCCACUUUAUGGAGCGGAUUGGGUGACUCUGGGUAACAGCGACUGGGUGGCCCUCAGUUCGUUCCGGGAAGGAUUUCAGAAUCGAAUUCUGGUUGUUCACGGCCAGAGCUUUCGGCGUCGAGAAGACGACGAAAACACCGACAUACCGAGUCAGGAUAGGCCCAAUUCAGUGGAGUCUCCCGUUUCAGCGCAAAGCAGCAACAGCUCUGAUGAGUUGAGCACGCCGAAGGAGUCGCUGCCGGCAUUCUCUCGAGAGUUCGACUUCCACAAAGUGGCCGAAAUUACCGUCGACUACCCGGUUACGAAUUUGCAGUGGGAUCCACAGAUUCUUAAUGGAGGCCCCGGGGAGCGGUUGGCGGCAUCGUCUGAGGUGUUGCGCUUAUAUAAAGUGGAAUAUUCGCCCGAACCGACCAUCGUUCAAACACAUCUUUUGGCCAACAAUUCCACAGCCAACAGUACACUGGAUUCACGCGACAUCAAUACAUUCCCACCAGUGACUUCUUUUGAUUGGAAUACUACGGACUCCAGCAUUCUAAUCACGCUGUCAGUAGACACUACAUGUACGGUGUGGGACUUGAACCGGAGUCAUUCUUUGGGCAGAGACAAGGAGAAUACGGCACAGGUCAAGACGCAAUUGAUUGCCCAUGACUCAGAGGUGUUUGACGUCAAGUUUAUCCACCAGUCCACCAACGUGUUUGCUAGUGUUAGCAAUGACGGAAGCAUGCGAGUGUUUGACUUGAGAUCAUUAGAACAUUCUACCAUCAUCUACGAGCCUACGCUGCCUGCGGUACCUAUUCCAGGAGUGGCGCCAGCGCACUAUAAUCUGCAAGCGUUGUUGAAGCUUCUGACGUCGAACAUUGACCAGAACUACUUGUCCACAAUUGGAGUCAAUCUGAAUCAGGUGCUCAUUAUCGACAUGCGCAUGCCUGGAAUGCCCGUAAUGACACUUGAUGGGCUGUUUGGCGGCAUGUCUAGUGCAGCCAUCAACCACAUUGAAUGGCACCCCAACUCCAACAAUCUUCUUACUGGAGGAGACGAUUGCCAGGCGUUAGUUUGGGACUGUAGUGGGCGCAAGACCCGUGGUGGCGAGGUUGCCUGUGUUGUUGAUACUCCAGUGUUGGCAUACCUGGAAGAUUUAGAGGUCAACCAUGUUUGCUGGCGGCGCAAUGCUGGCGAUUGGAUGGGGGUGGUGAGUGGAAAAGGGUUCCAAGCCGUUCAGAAUAGUUAG